CCACGGCCUUUGAUGAACAUAUACUGAAGACUAUUUGCCAAUGUUUACUGACUGUUUACUGUUUGUUGAAAAUUUUAGUUCAAGGCGAAGAGAAAUGAAACACGACUAAGAUGGCGUUUAAAAGGAACUUUUUUUGGUUGCUAUUGUUGAUCAUUUCAGUGUUUUGGAUAAAGACUGCAGCUGCGGAUGUUGAUGAAUGCGCAAACAAAACCCAAAAUACUUGUCAUGAAAAUGCACAAUGUACGAAUACGGUGGGAUCAUAUACCUGUGCUUGCAACACUGGAUAUACUGGUAAUGGUGUAAAAUGUGAUGACAUUGAUGAAUGCGCAAACAAAACCCAAAAUACAUGUCAUGAAAAUGCACAAUGUACGAAUACGGUGGGAUCAUAUACCUGUGGUUGCAACAAGGGAUAUACUGGUAAUGGUGUAAAAUGUGAUGACAUUGAUGAAUGCGCAAACAAAACCCAAAAUACUUGUCAUGAAAAAGCACAAUGUACGAAUACGGUGGGAUCAUAUACCUGUGGUUGCAACAAUGGAUAUACUGGUAAUGGUGUAAAAUGUGAUGACAUUGAUGAAUGCGCAAACAAAACCAAGAAUACUUGUCAUGAAAAUGCACAAUGUACGAAUACGGUGGGGUCUUAUACCUGUGCUUGCAACAAUGGAUAUACUGGUAAUGGUGUAAAAUGUGAUGACAUUGAUGAAUGCGCAAACAAAACCCAAAACACAUGUCAUGAAAAUGCACAAUGUAUGAAUACCGUGGGAUCAUAUACCUGUGCUUGCAACAAUGGUUAUACUGGUAAUGGUGUAAAAUGUGAUGACAUUGAUGAAUGCGCAAACAAAACCCAAAAUACAUGUCAUGAAAAUGCACAAUGUACGAAUACGGUGGGAUCAUAUACCUGUGGUUGCAACAAUGGAUAUACUGGUAAUGGUGUAAAAUGUGAUGACAUUGAUGAAUGCGCAAACAAAACCAAGAAUACUUGUCAUGAAAAUGCACAAUGUACGAAUACGGUGGGGUCUUAUACCUGUGCUUGCAACAAUGGAUAUACUGGUAAUGGUGUAAAAUGUGAUGACAUUGAUGAAUGCGCAAACAAAACCCAAAAUACAUGUCAUGAAAAUGCACAAUGUAUGAAUACCGUGGGAUCAUAUACCUGUGCUUGCAACAAUGGUUAUACUGGUAAUGGUGUAAAAUGUGAUGACAUUGAUGAAUGCGCAAACAAAACCCAAAAUACAUGUCAUGAAAAUGCACAAUGUACGAAUACGGUGGGAUCAUAUACCUGUGCUUGCAACACUGGAUAUACUGGUAAUGGUGUAAAAUGUGAUGACAUUGAUGAAUGCGCAAACAAAACCCAAAAUACAUGUCAUGAAAAUGCACAAUGUAUGAAUACCAUGGGAUCAUAUACCUGUGCUUGCAACAAUGGUUAUACUGGUAAUGGUGUAAAAUGUGAUGACAUUGAUGAAUGCGCAAACAAAACCCAAAAUACAUGUCAUGAAAAUGCACAAUGUAUGAAUACGGUGGGAUCAUAUACCUGUGGUUGCAACAAUGGAUAUACUGGUAAUGGUGUAAAAUGUGAUGACAUUGAUGAAUGCGCAAACAAAACCAAGAAUACUUGUCAUGAAAAUGCACAAUGUACGAAUACGGUGGGAUCAUAUACCUGUGCUUGCAACAAUGGUUAUACUGGUAAUGGUGUAAAAUGUGAUGACAUUGAUGAAUGCGCAAACAAAACCCAAAAUACUUGUCAUGAAAAUGCACAAUGUACGAAUACGGUGGGAUCAUAUACCUGUGGUUGCAACAAUGGAUAUACUGGUAAUGGUGUAAAAUGUGAUGACAUUAAUGAAUGCGCGAACAGCAACCUGAAUAAUUGUGAUCAAAAUGCUUUUUGUAACAAUACGGCUGGAUUUUACAACUGUACUUGCAACAACGGAUAUAGUGGUAAUGGCACAACAUGUACUGACAUUGAUGAAUGUGCAAAAAAGCCUUGUCAUAAAGAUGCUUAUUGUAACAAUACGAUUGGAUCCUACAACUGCACUUGCCACAAAGGAUACGUUGCUCAUGGUAAAGUAUGUAAGGGCCCUCCAGUGUUUAAUAGAAAACCAGAAAAUAAAACUGUGAAAGAAGGAAGUAUGAAUGUUAGUUUCAAUUGUAAUGCUACAAGUUUUCCAACUCCAAAACUGGCGUGGCUCAAGGAUGGUAAAGUUAUCAAGCAAAACUCUACGAAUUUCGUACUGAGUAAAGACAUGGGAACCCUAACAAUAAGAAAAGUUCGGAAAAGCGACGCUGGAUUAUAUGUUUGCAACGCAACGAAUGAGGUCAAAUCUGUUGCAGUGGAUGCUUAUCUCAACGUGCUAUUUGAUCCUGAUGUUACUCUCUCGCCAACACCCAGCCAAGAGAUACAAUACCAAAAGACAGCAACAUUCACCUGCAUUUUUGAUGGAAAUCCUGCUCCAAAAAUUUCCUGGAGUUUUACAAACACUUCCCUACUUAAUUCUGCAAACAUGAAUUUACCCAAUUCUACCAAUAAUACUUCAACUAAUUCAACGAACACUCCUCCAACCAAUUCUACAAAAAAUCCUGUAUCUAAUUCAACAAACAGUCAUUCAUCCAAUUUUACGUAUACUCCCCCAACCAAUUCUACAAAAAAUCCUGUAUCAAAUUCAACAAACGGUCAUUCACCCAAUUCUACACACACUUCUCCGGUCAAUUCUACGAAUAUUCCUGUGUCAGACAGCAAUUUACACAAUUCUACAGAAAAUUCUCUGAGCAAUCAUAUUACCACUCUCCUGACUAACUCUAUAAAAUAUGGUAUAAAUACCAAUGGGAAUAAAAGCAUCUUGAUUGUUAGAAAUUUAACAAGGAAUGAUUCUGGGAAUUACACGUGUUUUGCAAAAAAUUCUGUUGGCAUCGACUCAGAAACAUCACAAUUGAUAGUACUCAGUCCACCUGAUGCACCUAUCAACCUGACAGUGAUUAAUAAAACCAAGAAUUCAAUAUCCAUUCGCUGGAGAAAAGGUUUAUUUAAUGGCAACCGUCCUGUUAAAAGUUUCAGUGUUCAAGUCAUUGACAAAAACACCACGAAACCAGUCUUUUGCUUGAUUUCGCCGAAUAAAACUUCUACAUUGUGUACUUCCUUGAAUCCAAACUGGACAUUUGUAGAACUAAAAAUAUUUACAACAUAUAAUUUUACCAUAUGUUCCAUCAACUCUAUUGGAGAAACCUGCACGGAUGGAAAAUUCAGUGUGACGACCUCACAAGAUGCACCUGGAAAACCACGUGAUCUUACUGUUAUACUCACUUCGUCUUCGUCCGAAAGUCUUUAUAUAUCUUGGAAACCACCUGCAAUUUUAAAUGGUAUCAUUACAAUAUAUGAAUUGAGAUUGUGUCUAAUUCGCAAUGGAAAUGGAAAAGACUUUGAGCCUUGUGUCAGUUUGUCUAACAUCACCUUACCAGCGAACGCGCGUAACUUUAAUGCCAGUAAACUGUGUGCUUACUGUAAUUACCGUAUUCAACUCAGAGCAAAAACAAUCAAAUUUGGAGAGUUUGCGUCAGCAACAGGAAGAACGAAUGAAAGCGUGCCCAGUCAACCCACGAAUGUCAAGUUAACUCCGUUGCCACACCAUGGGUUGCAACUUUCUUGGGAAGCACCGUCCAAUAAGAAUGGUGAUUUAACUGGUUAUAACAUCACUUGGAAAAUCGUGCGCAAUGACACUAAUCAUACUGUUGAUGGUGAUUUGAAAACGAAGAUUGUUAAAGAUGAUGUGUUAUCAUUUGAUAUACCAAAUCCGAUGGCCUAUACCGAGUACAUUGUCACCGUGAAUGCUGUAAACGGCGCGGGAAAUGGUUUAAUGGUAACCAAAAAAGCUCGUACUAACGAACACGUUCCUAGUGCCCCCACCAGUGUUAAGAUAAUUUCUGUGUCGUCAUCGCAACUCAACAUCAAAUGGCAACCACCAGCCGAUCCCAACGGGGUCAUCACUGGAUAUUAUAUAACAUGGAGGAUGAUUAAGAACGACUUGGAUCAAUCUGAUACUAACAACGUUUUCAAUAGUACUUCACUGAGCGCAAAAACCAGGAUGUACCCGAUACAGAAAUUAGCACCUUAUUCAGAGUACAACGUUUCUAUAAAUGCUAUGACUAGUUUUGGAAAUGGUUCUAAAGUUUAUGUCACAUCUCGUACCAAUGAAUCACUACCUGGUGAACCAGGAAGUGUUCAGCUGAUACCAGUUUCAGCAACUGUACUCAAUCUAACUUGGAAGUCACCGUCUGAUCCUAACGGGAUAAUAAUAGGAUACCGGGUUAUUUGGGAGAUGAUAGAAGAUGACAAGAAGAACACGCCCAAACCUCAAAAUUCAACAGUAAAGAUUAUAAAUAAUGGAAGCGCAGGAUCGUAUCCAAUAGAAGGACUGGCGGCUUAUUCGGUGUACAAGGUGUCCCUAAAUGCUAUAACUAGUAUUGGAAAUGGUUCUAAAGUUAAUGUCACAUCUCGUACCAAUGAAUCACUACCUGGUGAACCAGGAAGUGUUCAGCUGAUACCAGUUUCAGCAACUGUACUCAAUCUAACUUGGAAGUCACCGUCUGAUCCUAACGGGAUAAUAAUAGGAUACCGGGUUAUUUGGGAGAUGAUAGAAGAUGACAAGAAGAACACGCCCAAACCUCAAAAUUCAACAGUAAAGAUUAUAAAUAAUGGAAGCGCAGGAUCGUAUCCAAUAGAAGGACUGGCGGCUUAUUCGGUGUACAAGGUGUCCCUAAAUGCUAUAACUAGUAUUGGAAAUGGUUCUAAAGUUAAUGUCACAUCUCGUACCAAUGAAUCACUACCUGGUGAACCAGGAAGUGUUCAGCUGAUACCAGUUUCAGCAACUGUACUCAAUCUAACUUGGAAGUCACCGUCUGAUCCUAACGGGAUAAUAAUAGGAUACCGGGUUAUUUGGGAGAUGAUAGAAGAUGACAAGAAAAACAUCUCCGUUCCUCAAAAUUCAAGAGUGAAGGUUAUAAAUAAUGGAAGCGCAGUAUCGUAUCCAAUAGAAGGACUGGCGGCUUAUUCGGUGUACAACGUGUCCCUAAAUGCUAUAACUAGUAUUGGAAAUGGUUCUAAAGUUAAUGUCACAUCUCGUACCAAUGAAUCACUACCUGGUGAACCAGGAAGUGUUCAGCUGAUACCAGUUUCAGCAAUGGUACUCAAUCUAACUUGGAAGUCACCGUCUGAUCCUAACGGGAUAAUAAUAGGAUAUCGUGUUAUUUGGGAGAUGAUAGAAGAUGACAAUAAGAACACGCACGUUCCUCGAAAUUCAAGAGUGAAGGUUAUAAAUAAUGGAAGCACAGUAUCGUAUCCAAUAGAAGGACUGGCGGCUUAUUCGGUGUACAACGUGUCCCUAAAUGCUAUAACUAGUAUUGGAAAUGGUUCUAAAGUUAAUGUCACAUCUCGUACCAAUGAAUCACUACCUGGUGAACCAGGAAGUGUUCAGCUGAUACCAGUUUCAGCAACAGUACUCAAUCUAACUUGGGAGUCACCGUCUGAUCCUAACGGAAUAAUAAUAGGAUACCGUGUUAUUUGGGAGAUGAUAGAAGAUGACAAUAAGAACACGCACGUUCCUCAAAAUUCAAGCGUGAAGAUUAUAAAUAAUAGAAGCGCAGUAUCUUAUCCAAUAGAAGGACUGGCGGCUUAUUCGGUGUACAACGUGUCCCUAAAUGCUAUAACUAGUAUUGGAAAUGGUUCUAAAGUUAAUGUCACAUCUCGUACCGAUGAAUCACUACCUGGUGAACCAGGAAGUGUUCAGCUGAUACCAGUUUCAGCAACUGUACUCAAUCUAACUUGGAAGUCACCGUCUGAUCCUAACGGGAUAAUAAUAGGAUAUCGUGUUAUUUGGGAGAUGAUAGAAGAUGACAAGAAGAACAUGUCGGUUCCUCAAAAUUCAAGAGUGAAGAUUAUAAAUAAUGGAAGCGCAGUAUCGUAUCAAAUAGAAGGAUUGGCGGCUUAUUCGGUGUACAACGUGUCCCUAAAUGCUAUAACUAGUAUUGGAAAUGGUUCUAAAGUUAAUGUCACAUCUCGUACCAAUGAAUCACUACCUGGUGAACCAGGAAGUGUUCAGCUGAUACCAGUUUCAGCAACGGUACUCAAUCUAACUUGGAAGUCACCGUCUGAUCCUAACGGGAUAAUAAUAGGAUAUCGUGUUAUUUGGGAGAUGAUAGAAGAUGACAAUAAGAACACGCACGUUCCUCGAAAUUCAAGAGUGAAGGUUAUAAAUAAUGGAAGCGCAGUAUCGUAUCCAAUAGAAGGACUGGCGGCUUAUUCGGUGUACAACGUGUCCCUAAAUGCUAUAACUAGUAUUGGAAAUGGUUCUAAAGUUAAUGCCACAUCUCGUACCAAUGAAUCACUACCUGGUGAACCAGGAAGUGUUCAGCUGAUACCAGUUUCGGCAACAGUACUCAAUCUAACUUGGAAGUCACCGUCUGAUCCUAACGGGAUAAUAAUAGGAUACCGUGUUAUUUGGGAGAUGAUAGAAGAUGACAAGGAGAACAUGUCGGUUCCUGAAAAUUCAAGAGUGAAGGUUAUAAAUAAUGGAAGCGCAGUAUCGUAUCAAAUAAAAGAACUGGAACCUUAUUCGGUGUACAACGUGUCCUUAAAUGCUAUAACUAGUAUUGGAAAUGGUUCUAAAGUUAAUGACACAUCUCGUACCAAUGAGUCACUACCAGGCAUUCCUAGUAAUCUGCAGUGUGGUCUGUCCGCCAGUAAAUCUUUGAAUAUCAUUUGGUCGCAGCCUAGCAAUCCAAACGGUAAAAUACGUCAGUACAGUGUGUUGUGGAGAAAAAUUAAAGACAAGAACGAAGAGGAAGACGUCCCAGAAGGGAAAGUAAGAUUCCUGAAAACCAAAUACGAAAAUAUCACAGAAGGUGGACUUGAACCUUUCACAAGAUAUAAAGUUAGUGUUUCAGCUCGUACUCUUGAAGAGCUGGGUUAUGGCGCAGCAGAUGAGAUACAAUGUGAUACUGCAGAAGACGUGCCGAGUGGUAUCCCCGCUAGUGUAGAAGCCGAGCAUUUGGGUCCGUUUAGAGCUAGAGUGAAGUGGAAACGCAUUAAAAAAUUAGAUUGGCAAGCAGCGAGCAUCAACUACAUUGUAACCUACACACUGGAGAAUGGAGCUAAGCCUGAACCACAUCAAAAAGUCGUUCCCUCGAAUGAAUUGGAGGUCGAAUUGUCCGGAUUAUUUGAAAAUUCUACAUAUUCAGUUCAUGUUUUGGCAAAUAAUACUGUUGGCGAUGGUGGCAGAAGUGAGAGUGUGACUUUCAGAACUAACUCGUCUUUUCAUCCUGAAGAAGUUACAGAAAACACCAUUACAAUCACUUUGGAAAAAUUUGAGAACGAAAACGUCAGAAUCUACCAGAUUAUUGCACUGCAGGUUGUCAAAAUAAACGGAGAAUAUCAGGAGUUGCCUGAUAUAACAACUCUAGAAGUAACCCGUUAUUACCAUAACAGAACAGAAAACGAACCGUACAUCACCGCAGAGUUUGGACCAAGCGAGUUUAAAAAAAAAUUCAUUAUUGGAGACGGAAAGUCGUACAACGCAAGGAGAAAGAGAAGACAAGCUCCCAAUGAUAUUGAAAAUGGAAAACUCGAAAGUGGUGCUGAAUACCGUUUUUUACAACGUGGCUUAAAUAAAGAUCGCAAAGUUAUUGAAAAUAAAAAAUGGACUCCUCCAUUGUUUACACGAAAGAAAAUUGGCCCAGAUGACGGUGGCCCAGGUGGCGGUGUUAUUGCUGCUGUUGUGGUGGCUGUUAUCAUAGUUAUUGUGCUUGUAUCAGUCGUCUUGGUGUAUGUCAGAAGACGAAACAGUAAUGGUACUUAUUAUAGAAGAAACGAUCAAGAAGAUAAAGGUGGCGUCAAUCUUGGUUAUCAUUCAGGAGAAGUUAUCCCAGUUGCUAACUUCAGUGAGCAUUGUAGAAUACUUGCAGCUGACUCGAAUUAUAACUAUUCUCAAGAAUACUCACAAAUACCACGCAAGAACGCCAGCCACACCAUGCACCAUGCUCAAAAUCAGGAAAAUCGUGAAUGUAACCGUUAUAACAACAUUCUGUGUUACGAUGUCACUCGUGUUGUUUUGGAAACUGAUCCUGAAGGCAAGGAUUAUAUCAAUGCAAGUUUCUUGCAAGGUUUUGAAAAGGAAAAAGCGUAUAUUGCCUCACAAGGGCCAUUGGAAAAUACAUGCGAAGACUUUUGGAGAAUGGUUUGGGAGAACUUCACCAGUACAAUAGUAAUGGUAACUGGUUUGGAAGAAGGUCGUAAAAUCAAAUGUCACCAAUACUGGCCAUCGUCUGAAAGUAUGGAAUAUGGGCAAUUUGUGGUUACCCUAGUGGAGGAGAUUGAACUGACUGACUAUACCAUCAGAAAAUUCACACUUAAUUCACGAGGUGAACGCCAAGAACGUUCGAUCAAACAAUUUCAUUACACUGCCUGGCCUGAUCAUGGAGUACCGAGCAGUCCCAGCUCUUUAUUGAAUUUCGUACGCAAAUCAUCCGCCGCAAAUCCCCCAAAUGCAGGACCAAUGGUUGUCCAUUGCAGUGCAGGUGUGGGUCGUACUGGAACCUACAUUGUAAUUGACACUCAGUUAAAACGUAUUGCGAAGCACAAGACUAUUGAUGUCUAUGGAAACGUUCAAGCGUUGCGAAAUCAACGUUUGAUGAUGGUUCAAGUGGAAGAUCAGUACAUAUUCAUUCACAAUGUACUACUUGAAGCCAUUAAUAGCGGUGAAACUGAAAUUCAGGUUGAGGAUUUCCCUGAAACAAUGAAACAAAUGAUGAAUGUGAAUCCUGAAACAGGAGUUCCUCGCGUCGAAGAAGAGUUUCAAAGUCUGGGACGAGCUGUGAUCCCACCAGUGCAGUUUAAAGCGGCCAAUAUGAACUGCAAUAAACAAAAAAAUCGAUAUGCAAACGUUUUGCCGUAUGACGAUUCCAGAGUUAAAUUAUGUCUAAUUCCUGGUGUUGAAGGCUCCGACUAUAUCAAUGCCAACUUCAUUGAUGGCUAUAUGAAGAAAAAAGCUUUCAUUGCCACGCAAGCACCUAUCCCGGAUACCAUUUCCGAUUUUUGGAGAAUGGUUUGGCAGGAAUCGUCUCUAACAAUUGUCAUGUUGUCAAAUGAAAUGGAAAGUGGACGAAUCAAAGUGCACAGAUAUUGGCCUAACAAAGCUCCAGCGGUUAUUGGUGAUCUCAUGGUUGAGCUGAUGGGAGAACAGAAAUACGAAGAGUACAUCUUGCGAGAGUUCAAACUGACAAAUACAAAGGAGAAAGCCUCUCAUGUGAUUCGUCAGUAUAACUACACCACAUGGCCGGAUGUUGGUUCACCAGCGUCGUCUGCUGGUAUGAUAGAUCUUAUUGGUCAAGUUCAGAGAUGGCAACAACAGUCUGGAAACAAAAUCAUCACUGUACAUUGCAGUGCUGGUGUUGGCCGCACUGGUGUUUUCUGUGCUCUUUCAAACCUCAUCGAGCGUUUGAAAACCGAACACGUGAUUGAUGUAUUCCAAACGGUGAAAACGUUACGUCUGAAGAGACCAGCAAUGGUACAAACAAAGGAACAAUACGAGUUCUGUUAUCAAACUAUCCAAGAAUAUUUGGACUCGUUUGAACUGUAUGAUAAUUUUAAUGUGGGUUAGACUCAUUUAGAGGUAGUGUUGGACCUAUUUUAUCUGAUAAUUAUUGAAUUCAUCCGCGAAGCUUCUAAUCAAAAUUAAUGAGAAAAUGAAUAAAAAGCACAUGGGAGAUAUUUAGGAAUAUGAAAUAAGAAAUUGAUAAAGUUUAGCUAGUAAGAACGAAAUGGAUUUGUAUUCUAAUUACGGAAGAAACUCUGCAUAAUCAAAAUUUAAUUUAUGAAGCUCUUACACAAUUAGCAAGCAUGUCUAAAGAGAUUGUACGCAAUAUAUAAGCAGUAUUUUGUAAUCAAACUUUUGUAAUUUAACAUAACGCAUUUUUAUACUUGUAAAACUCAAUAAAUCGUAUUUUUCAUAUCAUUUUC